CUCGGUCGAGGGAGCCCUAGCACAUCGUGUUACACCGUCAGUCGCGCCGUGCCCCUCGCAGACAAGUGUACAUUCGUUGUACUCGUCGCCGCCCGAAAAUUUGUAACACCACCGCAAGUCUAAUACACGAGGCCUAUAUCCGAAAAAAGAGGGAAGUUCCCGCAGUCAUUUGCUCUAAGCAAAAUCGGAGACUUUACAUUGGAGAUCACAGAUACCCGGGGUGGCUGUCAUACAACGUUUCUCGCACGAUCAAGAGGAAAUCGCUACGAGUGAGGAAAGUGAUUAAUAAGUAAUACUCGAUAAAAGAGAGUAUGGGUGAAAAGACGUUCAACCUUACGUGGAAUAAUCAUCUAGCGAAUCUGUCUGGUUUGUUCGAAGCUCUUUACAAAAGUGGCUCCUUGACGGACGCGACUUUGGCUUGCCAGGGUGGCAUGUUAAGAGCCCACAGGUUGGUGCUAGCAGCUUGCAGCCCUUAUUUUGAAAGGGUCUUUAAGGAACAUUACGGAGAGCAACCUAUUCUCAUAUUAAAAGGUGUCGCUAUUGAGGAAAUGGAAUGCCUUUUGGAUUUCAUGUACAAAGGAUCCAUUGAUGUAGCGGAGGAGCACCUUCCUUCGCUAAUAAAAACUGCUACCGAUUUGGAGAUACGUGGUCUCUCUGGGGAAUCGAAAAAUCAAGAGGGUAACUGCAACCUCUAUACCAGGGUUGAGACGCGAAUGCAACGAUGCCAUAUUGAAACUAGAGUGCACACUACCGAAUACAUCAAAGAACCAUCAGUGAUUCCUUUUCUACCAAAACACUCGACCGUCGAUGCGAUGGAGGAUCACAUUAAAGUGGAGGACAUCGAAGUGGAAGAUGAUCCGAUGGUGAUCGACGGGCAUGAGGACAGCUUCGACGAAUUUCCGCAAUCCACGGAAACGCAAAUUAAGCGUAUACCUCCUCCGAUGUACAAGCGGGAAACUAGAUUCAAAGGGCAAAAGAGGGUAUCCGUGGGUCGUGUGACACGGAACAAUGAUCCACCGGAAUCGAGAUCGAAAGACUCUUCGCGAGAAUCAAGUUGUGAGGAUGUUUCGAGGAUUGUCAAAUGCGAGCCUAAUCUCAAUGAUGGAUCGGCGGAUGUCUCGGUAUCGGAUGUACAGAGAUCCACGAACGUUGGCACGGACAUAUUGUCGAGAAGAGCGCGGUCGAUUGCGGCGUAUCAUAGAUUUUAUAUCGUGUCGGAGGUGCACUUAGGUGAUUUUGCGCACAACGUUGGUCAAUGGAUUAUACUGAAUUACGCGAUCGUGUAUGAUGAGACAAUAGGCUUACGGUAUUACGGGCACGUUCUCCUUAUGUUCAAAGUCUAA